AUGGCCUUCCCAGAACUAGCGGCCCCAUCUCACGGCGCACGGCCCAGCCCAACAGGCCCGCUUCCUCUCCAGCCCACCCGCGGGUCCCGAAGCUUUCUUCGUCCCCUCCUCCCCCGUGCUCAUCACAUCUCCCCCAUUUCGCCGCCCCCUCCGAACUCGCCGUUCUCCUCUCGCUCCGUUGGAUUAGGCUCUUCAUCUGCUCGCCGCAGUUCGUCGGUCGCCCAUAACAGCAUUUAUGUUAGAAUAGUUAAAAAGGCGGAUGAGGAGGUUACUGAUCCAAAGGCGCUCCUAGAGGAACGCUCAAAGGCUAAGUGUGUGUCGCAGUGGUAUGAAUAUCAGAAAUGUGUUAAGAGGAUUGAGAAUGACGAGACUGGGCACAAGCACUGUACCGGCCAGUACUUUGAUUACUGGAAAUGCGUUGACAAGAAUGUUGCAGAGAAACUCUUUGAGAUGUUAAAAUGA